UCCACCAACGAAGAAGAAAAACGACCAAUGUUGUCUUCCGUCUUUGAGAUUCACGUGGAAGAACUCCGGCGUGGAUUCCUGUGGCUUUCAGGAACAGAAAUAAAGGCAUAAAAAUGACACAGCUGGACGGUGUGGUAAAACCAAAGACGAAGCGCUCCAAGCGUUUCUUGGAGAGCAGAGCCCCAAAACUGAUUGAAGAUGUGAAGACAGCGAUGAUCAUGAAAGGAGGAAACACAAGCCAGACCGUCACCCAGGCCCUCAAAGACAUUUAUGCUCUGAAGAAACCCAAUGCUGUGCUGUAUAAGAAAAAGAACAUAACACGGCCGUUUGAAGACUCGACAUCACUGGAAUUUUUCUCCAAGAAGACCGACUGCUCUCUGUUUCUGUUUGGAUCCCACAACAAGAAACGGCCAAACAACCUCAUAUUUGGCCGUCUCUUUGACUUUCACGUACUUGACAUGGUUGAGCUUGGAAUUGAGAAAUACAUCUCUUUGAGCGAUAUAAAAGCCAGUAAAUGUCCUGAGGGGACCAAACCAAUGCUCGUGUUUGCAGGAGAAGCUUUUGAAGCAGACAACGAACACAAACGUCUGAAGAGUCUGCUCAUAGACUUUUUCAGAGGUCCCACUGUGCCUGCAGUCCGUCUGGCAGGACUGGAACAUGUCCUCCACUUCACAGCCCUGGAAGGGAAAAUCUACGUGCGCAGCUACAGGUGUCUGCUGAAGAAGUCUGGGUGUCGGACGCCGAGGAUAGAGCUGGAGGAGAUCGGGCCCUCGUUGGAUUUGGUGCUCAGAAGAACACAUCUGGCUUCAGACGACUUGUACAAGUUAGCUCACAGACAGCCCAAGGCUCUUAAGCCCAAGAAAAAGAAGAACAUUUCCCAUGAUGCCUUUGGUACCAAGUUCGGCCGGGUGCACAUGCAGAAGCAGGAUCUGUCCAAGCUGCAGACCAGGAAGAUGAAGGGUCUGAGGAAGAGGAAGGGAGAGACGGUCUCUGGAGACCAGGACGAACAGGAGACUAAAGUGGCUAAAGUAGACGUCUGAUGGUCACUUUCACCAUCCAUGUGAUGUCCAGUAAUACUCCUGGACAGUAACCGUGUAUUUAGGACUGAAAUACCUGAGCAGCCAGACGGUGAACAGGAUGUUUAUCUGUUGAUCCGGUUUGUGUUUUUUCCUCUCUUCUCCAUGUGACUCUCAGCUGCUUAUUUGUCCCGAGCAUCAUGAAUGUGUCACCUCAGCUCUGAUAAAACCUCAAAGGUAAAGUCCAGCUGGUUUUAUCUCCAUCUAUAGGGGGAGUCUGGCUGAUAAAUGAAUCGUUUAAAGCUGAGUCAGGGUUUUCUUCUGUGAGACUGUAAUUACUGUCAGCACUCACCUGAAGAGAAAUCUGUAGAAAGGAACCAGUUUGUAAACUCUGAUGGAUGAUGUUCAGAACUGUUAUUUUUAUUAAAUCCUAACCCUUGUA